AUGCUGGGUGAUUGCGCACAUCAGCCAUCAGUGGUUGGUGAGGUGGCUACGUCGCCGUUGACUUCUUUAAGUAGGAGAUCCACUUUCGACGAGGAUUCCUUUUUCUCUCCAACUAAACCAAAACCGGAACAGAGAGGAGCUGGUCCAGGUCCAAGUCCGCAGCAGAUUCGGAAGUUGCCCACCGUCCACGAUAAAGUUUUGGACUGGUUUCUUGGAUUGAUCGAAAAUCGUCAGUUGAGGGCGUCGGCUUGCACAAGUGUUAUUUGUACAUUCAUUUUCUAUGCGUCCCUUAUUGCGCUGCAGUUCUCACUACUAUCACCCUUACACUUUCUUAGUGAUGCAUUUUCUACCACCUUUUCUCUUUCGACGUGGUUCUCAAGCAUCAUCAUGGGAGCACUUUCUUUUGCCACAUGUUUGGUUCUGCUUCAUUUUCUUGCAAAAGCUGAUCAAUUGAAAAGAGUGCCUUGGACAAGCAUGGAUGCCUGGCUAUGCUUUUUCACCGUUUUUAUCUACAAUGUUAUCCUGUCCAUUGCGAUCAUGAAAAUGACACGGUUUCCCUCUGAUGAGAAGUUUCUUGUUGGCUUGGUUAUUCUGUCAACUACAGUUUCUGCGUUUUCUUCUAUAUUUCGUAAUGAUUUUCAGCUUAAUUUCUCUGGUGCUGUGACACAGCUAGGGCUUAUGCACACCAUUGUUGGCAUGUUCGCGGUCGGAUACGAGUCUGUGCUGGUGUCAGCAUUCCGUGAAGCAGUUCGCAUUGCAUCUGUCGUGAUGGUCGCUGGCUGUUUUGCUGGCCUGUUCUCUCAUGGCCUAUCAUCUCUACUAUUGCUCUUCAAUGUAUCUUUCCACAUAUACAACAUAACUAUAAUUUUCGGACAGCAGUUCGCUACAAAAGCCUUGUUGAAGCUGGUUCGGUAUAUUGUGAUGAAGCCAAUCUCUUUCCCAUUACCUCCAUCGUAUGCUGUGCACACGCCUACUCCAGAGCAAACUCGAACCCUCACUAUUGUUCUCGACAGCCAACAUCCUCUACUGAAGUUGUUCGCUUUCAAUGAUCUCAGACGUGUAGCGUGGACAGAUCGCAACCGUCGCAUGGAAGUAUUCUCUCUGAGCCAACCUGGAGGACAUCCGCGAAAUUGGACGAAUGUUUCUACAGCCUGUAUCAACAUCUUGGAGAGAGUUCAAAGUGAACUGCAGGUAGCGUCUUCUCGUCUUGAAACUUGCGGUUUUGAUAUGGAUCGCGGUGAUAUGGCAGAAGAUGAUUUUGCUGAAGUGGACAGGGAAAUGCUGAUGAUGCCUCAGAAAUCGAGAAAGCAAAUUUAUUCCUCGGCUGUUCGUCAACGCCAUCGUGUAGCCAUCAGACCAAUUCCUCGUCAGCCUAGUUCAUUUAUUCAACAACAACCAAGCUGGUGGAAGAGGCUUGUUUUGUUUUCAUCCGAGCAAGAGGUAGUUUCUCGAUACGACGCCAAUAUUGUUAUUUUGGCUGUUGAAAGUCUAUAUAUGUUUGUGGUUGAAUCCUAUCAUGAGGACCGGUACGGCGUUGUACUGAAAGAUCUGCAUGCGAUAAUUGGAGUCUUGGUGCAGCUCAUUCAAACAAUUGACAAAUAUUUCCGACUGAGAGCGAACCAAACCGUACCGAACGGCUGUGAUUUGACUGUGAAACAAGUCGACGCAGCACUGCAGACUGCUUUGAUCCGUAUAAGUGGGAAGUUCGGUGCUCAUCUGAAGGCUUUGAACCUUUCGAAUGAACAGCUUCAAACAAUGAGGAUGGUCUGUCAGUCGGAUAUCUGA